AUGCCGCAAAAUAUGAAUAUGGAAAAAUUGGAAUUAUACAAUAGAAUGCCCACGAGCGUGUACAGAAAUAGUAGUUAUUUGUGUUCUAACUGUGACUAUGAAAAUGAGAGAUUAUGCGAUAUCGAGGCACGUAAGAAGAAAAUGCAAUAUUAUAAGAGACAUUGUCCUUCAUGUUAUUGUCUGCCUGAGAAACAAAGGCUUUCUUCAUCUGUUAAAUCAAGGACUUUGGAAAACGUUGAGGCUAUGCUAAACGGACAUACUUUCACAGAACCAAUUAAUCUGACAAUCAAAAAGUCGCAAAGCAUCCCUUUAUCACGAAAAGCAUAUCGGCACGGUUACCAAAUAAGUACUCGUCCUUAUUGCCCGAAAAGAUUGCCGCAAACUCAUCGACAGCGCAGGAAAAAACCGAAAUUCGCUAAUGAAGAUGUCGAAGUAUAUUCCAAGUACACACAAUCAGGACCCAUUAAAAGUUCGUUGCAGAAACAUAAUUGUUGUAAAGAGCCUGAGAGAUCGCCGGGCGAACAAAGAUUUUUCAAUACCAACAAUCAAGUAUCAAUGAAUUACAUCCAACAAAUUCAUGAAUUAAAGAAGUCAUACGCGUUAAAUCUCGAAUCGAGACGUCAUUGCAUUGACAGAGACAACGAAUACGUUACGGAAAUGAAGACUGAAAAUGAUGUUGAACAUCAGCUAAAUGCACACCGGUCUCAGAAUAUAAGAAAAUCUGAUGUAAUAUUCGAACAUUUGGAGAAACAGAAUUGGCAUAAAGAGCCUAUAAUUAGUGAAAGUGAUGAGAGAAACGAAGGACAGAAAUUCGAUAUCAGGAAAGUGACAAAACCGAAAAUGCUUGGUUGCGAUCCUUAUUGUGCAACUAGUAGUAAGCCAUUCAUGCUAGCUAAAAAGUCAAUUAAUAAAUCCAUGGAAAUUGGACCUGACGAACCUGCAUACGCAGCAAAACUGGACCUUUAUAAUACAAAAUAUCAUAUUCUGGAAUCUAUCGAUCACAUGCUCGGCACCAUGGACGACACAAAAAAUUUUGUAUCACAGGAAGAACGGACAGACCAGGAAAUUAUUGAGAAGACGACUCGUGAAUUUCAAGAGAUUGAAUGCCAAUCAUUAUUGAACGCUUUAACGAUUGAUGGGAAUUCGACAAAUUUUGACAAAAGGAUCAUUCGUUUAGAAUGUCUGGAUCGUAUUCGGCAGGAACUUAUCAAACUCUAUGCUCUUGAGUCGACUUUGGAUAAUUGCUCGCCUAAACAGCAAUCUUUGUCAGGUCAUAAUAUAUCAUGUAAUAAGGAACAGCAAGAGUCACACCAACCACUAAAACAAAAGAUCAUAAAUUCUUGAUUUUG